CAAGAGAAGAUUACUUACACAAGAGAGUGGUUAGAAUAUAGAACUCGCUAAUACACGAGAUCAAUUUCAACUGCAAACCAAACCUACAGAGAAGAAGUAUAAAGAGCAGUGAAUCACAAGCAAUACAUCAAAUGAACCAUUGCCAACCACAUACAGCAAAUAUUACAUGCUUUGACUUAUCCGUUCAAAACAUCCCAGUUGGGGAAACAGAUCAAGAAACCCAACUCAGAAGAGCCCCUCAGACAAAAUGUGCAAAUAAAAUGAGCAAAAGAUCGACACUGGUUGAUGCUGAGCUAAAGCCAAGUUCUAAGGGACGAUCAAAGGAUUGGCCAAGAGUGAACUCAAAAGAUGUCUUACAAGGAAUACAAGACUCAGGGCACACAAACCAUUUGAACCCCUGGGAUCAAGGAAGUGCAUGCACAGCACUGAACCUGCCAGCCAAAGAUAACAGCAAUCAGUAUUAGGUCAGAAGAGAUCCAGAAUACAAAAGUUACGUCACGUCCUUCCAGUUUACGAAACCAGGAGGUUGUGAAUAUCUCGAGACAAGAGCUUCUUACCUAAAAUCGGGCACAGUGUGAUCUACCCACUCACUAUACAUUUUCAACCUCACAGCUUCUGACUUAGUGGGAGAAUCCACAUCCCAAUAUGGAAAUGGAAAACAUGUGUUUGGACACCAAUCCUCAGCUGGAGAAGUAUUACCUUCCAACCAUGUAUGGAAUAGAGUUCAUCUUAGGACUCAUUGGCAACCUCUCUGUGAUAUGGGGCUAUAUAUUCUGUCUGAAGGAAUGGAAUUGCAGCAACAUCUACCUUUUCAAUCUUUCCAUCACAGACCUGACUUUCAUUUUCACCCUUCCCAUGCUAGUGGCUUUCUAUGGCCAAGGCAACAAGUGGACCUAUGGUCAUAUAACGUGUGUAUUAAAUAGAUUCAUCCUUCAUGCUAACAUGUACAUGAGCAUCCUGUCCCUCAGUUGCAUCAGUUUUGAUCGGUACCUGCUGGUGAUGAGGCCACUGAAGCCUCACUUUUUUCAGAAAAAGUGGAACGCCAUCAUCAUCUGCCUUGGUAUUUGGAUAUUUGUAGCACUAGAGUUAGUGCCUAUAUUCAUUUUUAUCAGGGACGAUGCUAUCAAUGGCACCGAAGAUGUUGACUGUUUAGAUUAUGCCAGCUCAGGAGAUGCCUCCCGCAAUCUGAUUUACAGCCUGUACCUCACAGUUUUUGGUUUUCUCGCACCGCUCAGUGUCAUGCUUUUCUUUUACAUCCAAACUGCGCGCGGCCUUAAGAAAAUACAGCAACAACGCACCAAGAUUCAUGUGGAAAAGCCCCUUACAUUGGUCAUUUUGGCUAUUGUCAUUUUCUUGGUAUUCUUGACCCCUUAUCACAUAAUGCGCAAUGUUCGCAUUGCUUCCAGAAUGGAGAACAACGGCAUGUCGGAAUGUGACAAACUAGUUGUAAAGGCUGUUUACGCCAUCACUAGGCCCAUAGCUUUCCUCAACUCAAUCAUAAACCCCAUUUUCUACUUCAUGUUGGGGGACAAGUUCAGGGAGCUAUUUUUCAACAAACUGAAAAGCAUCUUCUUCAGAAAGUCACAGGUCUCAAGGCAAAAUGAAUACAGUUCCACCAGGCCGUCUGGGUUAAAUUCAGGCUCAGAGGUAAUGAUUCAGUAAAUAAAACUUAUGGUCCAAAAAGCUUUUCAUGACUGUUGGUCUUCCACACCUCAUGUCUGGUUCUGGUGUGGACUAAUUGCUAGAGAUUGAUUGCUUUGAUUAGUCAAAUAAACGCCGCUAUUGUUGCACCAGGAUGAUAGAAGGAGAACUCUAUAGACCUUAAUAUUUCUUUCAUCUAAUAAUUCCUUUGUUUCUAUCCCUCAAUAGUUCAUUUAUAAAAAUUAUUGCAAAGGUCCAAAAUAAAACUGGAAUAAAAGUUUCAGCAUAAUAAUAGCAUCCAUUGUGUUGCUCUUCUACCACAGUUUGUGCAGUUGAAGUAUUCCUGUAAUGCUCUUGAUUAUCACCAGGUGAUAUCCCUUGUGUCCUGGAUACACUUUGAACAAAAGCAAGAUAACCCUGGCCAGGCAUCAACUGCCCAGAGCACAUAAACUCUUCCUCAAAACUGAAAGAUAAACAAUACUUUUUUAAAAAAAAACAACAGAACAGGGGAAGUAAAGGUUGAAAGAAACACCCUCUGAAAUAACAAUUCAAAAUGUAAUUGAAAGGGAUCAGCAAGACAACCCCAAGGAUAUUCGGGAACGGUUAAUUUAUGAUUUGUAACCAUUGUUACGGCAAUUAGACAGUGAGGCAAUCAUCCUGAAAAUUGUCACCCCCAACACAUGAGUUGGCUGUGCAGGUGCGAUAGGCACUGAAAUAUUAACAAGUGCAUUUUUCAAGUAUUCAGCAUUUGAUUAUGGGUAUCUCCUCUAUUCUCUGUGUGUGAGUAGUUAAACCUGGAUAUGUUACUGAGAAAAGAGAAACUAAACUGUAGGCAAGCAGCUGUAAGCAUGAGAGCAGACAUUUUAAAGCAUUGAAUAAAACACCUGUGCACACAU